AUGGUUUUGGGACAAAGGUGGCCCCGUAUUUUUGAACACGCAUCGUUUUACUCGGAAAGAAGCUGCCGUGAAGCGACAAUGCUGGCGAGUACCAUAGAUUACGACCCCUUGGAAGAUAUCACUAGUAUACUUUUUUCGAAGGAAUCCCUAAACAACAUAGACGAAUUGAUAAAUGUCACCAGAAACUACAAGCAGCAGCUGCAGGAAGACAUUCUUAAGGAGGAAAACAGCAUAAGCACCGGUCUUGGCGACUCCUCGGAAACGCAGGCUGCUUUGCGAAAGGUCUUUCGAGACUUCAAGGAAACUCAAGAUGUCUCCUCUUCCACUGAAUUGACAAUUUCAAACUUGACGGAAGGCAUCUCGUACCUGGACAUCGCCAAGAAAAACCUCACCCACUCCAUGACGCUUUUCCAGAACCUGAAAAUACUCACGGACAGCUACAUCCAAUCCAACGAGUUGCUCUCGCAAGGCUCGUUCAAGAAGAUGGCUUCGCCGUACAAGAUAAUGUGUUCGCUAGCGGAAAACACGUUCGUCUCUUACAAGUCCCUGGACGAGAUAAACUUUCUGCUCAGCUCCAUAUCAAGACUGAAGGCUGACACCUUGUCCAGGAUCAAACAGAACUACAACGCGCUGUUUUCGAGUAGCGGCCUCCCCGAGCAGGACACGGCCCUCAGCACUGAGUUGCGCGAGGGCGCUUGCGAGUUGCUCGACUGCGACUCAAGCACAAAGACCCAGAUGAUAGACUGGUGUUUGGCCAAGCUGUUGUUCGAGAUGAACGAGAUCUUCAGGCUGGACGACGAGGCCGGGUCCUUGGAAAACUUGUCUAGGCGGUACAUCUAUUUCAAAAAAAUCCUGAACAACUUUAAUGCGAAGUUCGCAGACUACUUCCCGAAGGACUGGGAGAUGCCCGUCAGACUGACGACCUCCUUCUACCUCACCACGCAUAGGGACCUUCAAAUACUGUUGAAGCGGGAAUUCAAAGACAAAAACCCCUCGAUAGACUUGUUCAUGGCCGCGUUGCAAUCGACCCUGGACUUCGAGAAGUACGUCGACGUGCGGUUCUCCAAAAAAAUAAAAGAGUCCAAGCUGAGUUCCUGUUUUGAACCCUAUUUGACCCUGUGGGUGUCCCACCAAAACCAAAUGAUGGACAAAAAAUUCCUCUCUUACUUGAGCGAACCGAAAUUCCCCUCCAGCGACGCGGAAUCUCUCGUGUUACCGUCCAGUGCAGAUCUCUUCCGAACCUACCGUUCUGUACUGACCCAGACCUUGGAACUAAUCGACAACAACGCCAAUGAUGGGAUACUGACCUCACUGGCAAAUUUUUUCAGCAAGUGGCUGCAAACGUACUCGCAGAAGAUCCUUCUUCCCCUGCUUCUGCCCGAAACCAUCGAAGUGCAGGACAAGCAAGAGGCUGCCAGAUACACCGUCUUGUUGAUCAACACGGCGGACUAUUGCGCCACUACAAUAGACCAGCUGGAGGAGAAGCUGUCUGAGUUCAGCAGUGAUCCUGAAAAGCUUGCAAGCACUUUUGCGAGAACCAAGAACAUAUACGAUGACCUACUAGCCAAGGGAACCUCCUUUCUACUGAACCGUGUCAUACCAUUGGACCUGAAUUUCGUAUGGAGGGAGUUCAACAACAACGACUGGUCUAACGCUAUGAUAGAAGACUAUAGCAGAUACAUGGUGACUCUCAAAUCCGUAUUGAAAGUAUCGCCCUCAAUGGCAACUGACGCAUCCAAUAAACAACCAUCCAUUUUGGCAUUCAUCUUAUCACAAUUCAACAGAGACGUCUACAAGUGGAACUUCCUGGACAACGUGGUUGAUAUUGUCACCAAUAACUUCUCAAGUUGCAUCAUCCGCCUUUUGCAACCGAUCCCGCCCUUUUCUUUGGCAAGUAGCAAGAGGAAAUUCGAGACCAAGACCGUCAUCAAUAUCGGAGAGCAACUGCUUCUUGAUCUGGAGCUACUAAAGGAAAUUUUCCAUACCCUGCCAGAAAAUGUCAAUAAUGAUUCUGAUUUGCGAGAGAAUACCUCUUACAAGAGAGUUAAAAGACACGUGGAUAGCAACAUAGACCAACUACUAAAGUUCAUCAAGCUACUGGUGGCGCCUCUGGACUCUGCUGACGACUAUUACGAGACAUACUCUCAAUUAACAAACAACAACGCUGAUCCAGCAGUAUGGUCUUUUAUUCUUGCCUUGAAGGGUAUUCCAUGGGACCUGGCAUUGUGGAGAAAACUGUGGAGUGCAUUCAACCUGGAAACUGAUAAUACCGAAGAAGGCAGUAAGCCGGAGGGAACCCGUGAUCUUUUCGUUUUUAAAUGGGAUAAGGCACUUCUGGGUCAAUUCGAGAAUAACCUGUCAAGGAUUCAAGAUCCGGCUUGGUCUAAAUUUGUGAGACAAGAUUUAAAAAUAUCACCUCCUGUGAUGAAAAGAAUAGUGUCCACUCCGCAAGUACAACAACCUAAAGAGGAACAAAAAAAGCAGAGUUUGAGCGUUAAGGACUUUGUUUCCAAUUCCAGGUUUUUCAACAGAGGAGCUUGA